CUCCAUCUCACUCCUCUCCUCGACAUGUCCGGCCUCCCCCAACCCGAACUCCACAAGGACGCAAAGUUCGUCUUCCUGUCCGACUGGGACGGAACUAUCACGGACAAGGACAGCAACGACUUCCUCGUCGACAACCUCGGCUUCGGCGCUGAGCAGCGCAAGGCGGACAACGUCAAGGUCCUCACUGGCGAGAGCAACUUCCGCGAUGAGUUCCGUUCCAUGAUGCAGAGCGUCAAGGUGCCAUAUGAGGAGUGCAAGGAGGUCCUGCGGCAGAACAUCGACCUCGACCCCGGGUUCCUCGAGUUCUACACCUGGUGCAAGGAGAACGGAAUCCCCCUGAUCAUCGUGUCUUCCGGCAUGGCGCCGAUUAUUCGCGCUGUGCUCGAGAAGCUCGUGGGCGUUGCCGAAGCGUCGCAGAUGGAGAUUAUCGCCAACGACGUAAAGUACACUGAUCCCGAGGGCAAGGGCACGACAUGGGACAUUGUUUACCGCCACCCCGAGAGCGGGUUCGGGCACGACAAGAGCCAAAGCAUCAUCCCGUACCGCUCGAUCCCAUCCCGGCCGACGCUAUUUUUCGCAGGCGACGGUGUGAGCGACCUCAGCGCGGCGCGCCACGCCGACCUUCUGUUCACUAAGGUUAAGCCGGAGGGGAACACGGACCUCGCAACGUUCUGCGACCGCGAGGGUAUUCCGCACGUCAACUUCCUCGACUUCCGCAAGGUGCUCACGCUCGUCAAGGAGGUCGUGGCGGGCAAGAGCACGGAGCAGGUGAUCAAGGAGAACCAGUAGAAGAGUGAGAGAAGCAUGGGAGCGGGCGAGGGACAGCUGGAG